GCGGCGCAUCGUUUCAGAAAGCUCAGCGGCUACAGGUGUUCACAAUAUGGACCCGAAGAUCAUCAUCCCAACCUGGGUGAAUCCGUCCUUGGGCACCUGGCGGUUGGAUCCUUUUGGUAUUGAUGCUGGGCAGAGGGUGCAGGUCGAGUUUUAUGUGAAUGAAAACACCUUUAAGGAGCGCCUGAAGCUUUUCUUCAUCAAAAACCAAAGAUCAAGCCUGAGGAUUCGAGUGUUCAACUUCUCCCUGAAGCUGCUGACCUGCCUGCUGUACAUCAUCAGAGUGAUGACAGACAACCCGGGACAGGGAGCGGGCACCAGCCACAGCCCGGGACAGUCAGCCGGGGCCAGCGGCAAAUGUGUUGACUGCCAGUGGAACGGAUCAGCGCAGGACAGCGAGAUUAAAUGGGAGCUGAUCUUCUGGGUGGACAGGAAAGUUCCAGUUUGGGCCAUUCAGGUGAUUGUGGCCCUCAUCAGUUUCCUGGAGGCCAUGUUGUUGAUGUAUCUAAGUUACAAGGGAAACAUAUGGGAACAGAUAUUCCAGGUGUCCUUUCUUCUGGAGAUGAUCAACACAGUCCCCUUUAUUAUCACGAUCUUCUGGCCCCCGAUAAGGAACAUUUUCAUCCCCGUGUUUCUCAACUGCUGGCUGGCAAAGUGUGCGCUGGAGAACAUGAUAAACGACGUCCACAGAGCCAUCCAGAGGACCAACUCAGCCAUGUUCAACCAGGUCCUCAUUCUCAUCUGCACCCUGCUCUGCCUCGUCUUCACGGGCACCUGCGGCAUCCAGCACCUGGAGCGAGCGGGGAAAAACCUCUCCCUCUUCAAUUCCUUCUACUUCUGUAUUGUCACCUUCUCCACCGUCGGCUUUGGAGACGUCACUCCCCGCAUUUGGCCGUCCCAGCUGCUGGUAGUCAUCAUGAUCUGUGUGGCUCUGGUGGUGCUGCCUCUCCAGUUUGAGGAACUGAUCUACUUGUGGAUGGAGAGACAGAAGUCAGGGGGGAACUACAGCCGCCACCGGGCCCAGACAGAGAAACAUGUGGUGCUGUGUGUCAGCGCUCUCAAAAUCGACUUGCUCAUGGAUUUCCUCAAUGAAUUCUAUGCCCAUCCAAGGCUGCAGGAUUACUACGUGGUGAUCCUGUGCCCCAGUGAAAUGGACCUCCAGGUGCGCAGAGUGCUGCAAAUCCCACUCUGGUCACAAAGGGUCAUCUACCUGCAGGGAUCUGUUCUCAAAGACCAGGACCUGAUGAGAGCCAAGAUGGACGACGCGGAGGCCUGCUUCAUUCUGAGCAGUCGCAAUGAAGUGGAUCGCAUGGCUGCAGACCACCAGACCAUCCUGAGAGCCUGGGCAGUGAAGGACUUUGCUCCCAAUUGUCCUCUAUAUGUCCAGAUACUCAAACCGGAAAAUAAGUUCCAUGUUAAAUUUGCGGAUCAUGUUGUGUGUGAGGAGGAGUUCAAGUACGCCAUGUUGGCUCUCAACUGUGUGUGUCCUGCCACCUCCACCUUGGUCACCCUCCUGGUCCACACCUCCCGUGGACAAGAGGGACAGCAGUCUCCGGAGCAGUGGCAGAGGAUGUACGGAUGUUGCUCCGGCAACGAGGUCUACCACAUCCGAGUGUGUGACAGCAAGUUCUUCGGAGAGUAUAAUGGCAAAAGCUUCACGUACGCCUCCUUUCACGCUCACAAGAAGUACGGUGUGUGUCUGAUCGGUAUAAAGAGGGAGGACAACAAAAACAUCCUGCUCAAUCCCGGCCCCCGCCACAUUAUGGCCGCUACAGACACCUGCUACUACAUCAACAUCACCAAGGAGGAGAACUCUGCCUUCAUCUUCAACCAGGAGGAGAGGAAGGGGCGCGCUGGAGGGGGGCUCUACGAUGGACCCUCGCAACUUCCUGUGCACAGCAUCAUCGCGAGCAUGGGCACCGUUGCCAUGGAUCUCCAGAACACAAGCCCACCUGACAGCUCAGGCGGGAAGCUGGUCCCGCCCACCGUGAACGGAACAGGAGGCCGUCGCCCGAGCAUCGCCCCGGUUCAGGAAAUCGCCGACUCUUCCUCCAUCUUGCCAUGUGACCUCCUUGGCGACCAAUCAGAGGAUGACACCGCCUUCUCAGACGAGAAAGGCCACUCUUCUACUGAGUACAUCAAGGGUUACCCCCCUAAUUCUCCCUACAUUGGGAGCUCUCCCACGUUGUGCCAUCUUUUGGCUGAGAAAGCCCCUUUCUGUUGCCUCCGGCUGGACCAGGGCUGCAAACACAACAGUUUUGAAGAUGCCAAGGCAUAUGGUUUUAAGAACAAGCUCAUCAUUGUGUCUGCUGAGACAGCAGGAAACGGCCUUUAUAACUUCGUAGUGCCUCUCAGAGCCUAUUACAGACCCAGGAAGGAGCUCAACCCCAUUGUCUUGCUGCUGGACAACCCACCAGAUAACCACUUCCUGGAAGCCAUCUGCUGUUUCCCUAUGGUCUACUAUAUGGCCGGGACUAUAGACAAUCUGGACAGCCUGCUGCAGUGUGGCAUUAUCUACGCCGAUAACUUGGUUGUUGUGGAUAAAGAGAGCACGAUGAGCGCCGAGGAAGAUUACAUGGCAGAUGCAAAAACGAUAGUGAAUGUACAGACGAUGUUCAGGUUGUUUCCCAGUCUCAGUAUCAUCACGGAGCUCACCCACCCAUCCAACAUGAGGUUCAUGCAGUUCAGGGCUAAGGACUGCUACUCGCUGGCUCUCUCCAAGCUGGAGAAGAAAGAACGUGACAAAGGCUCUAACUUAGCCUUCAUGUUCCGCCUACCCUUCGCUGCAGGCAGAGUGUUCAGUAUCAGCAUGCUGGACACCCUGCUCUACCAGUCGUUUGUGAAGGACUACAUGAUCCUUAUUGCCAGGCUGUUGCUGGGACUGGACACCACUCCAGGAUCAGGAUACCUCUGUGCUAUGAAAGUAGCUGAGGAAGAUUUAUGGAUCAGGACUUACGGCAGACUUUUCCAGAAGCUCUGCUCCUCUAGUGCCGAAAUUCCUAUUGGGAUCUACCGGACAGAAUCACACAUUUUCUCCACUUCUGAGUCUCAGGCGUCAGUCAGUGUGGACGAGUGCGACGACACCAAGGAGAAGGGGGAGGAGGCCCGGAGCAAUGACCAGUCGGAUCACCCCCUGCUGAGGAAGAAGAGCAUGCAGUGGGCACGUCGUCUCAGCAAGAAGAGCGUGAGGUGGCAGGGGGUGAGCCGGGAGUCAAGCAAGGACCACUCCCAGCGCAUGGCUCAGCAGCGGCUCAGCCUCUACCGACGCUCCGAGAGGGAGGAGCUGUCCGAGCUGGUCCGGAACCGCAUGAAGCAUCUGGGCCUCCCCACCUCAGGAUACGAGGACGUGGCUAACCUGACAGCCAGUGAUGUCAUGAACAGAGUCAACUUGGGCUACUUACAAGAUGAGCAGAAUGAUCACCAAAACACUCUGUCCUACGUCCUGAUUAACCCCUCUCCUGACACCAGACUGGAGCUCAAUGACAUUGUGUACUUGAUUCGAUCGGACCCCUUGGCCCACGUCCCUGAAAACCCGCCUGUCCACAGCAGCAGCCUGAGAGGGAGACACGAGUCGAUCGCAGACACCAGAGAGGACACUCAGCUCUGAUGCUGUGCCAGCCUGCGCUGCUGCACCCCGGCUCCCAGUGACUCCCUUUCACGAGGGUGUGCUUGUCUCCACGCAGGCCCAAUGUGGAAGAGGACGAUUUGUGCUACCGUGUUCGAGCAUUUUUGGUCUACUUCUGUACUAUAAGAGUGCCUACUGUUUGAUAGAUGACAUUUGAUGACAUCUGUGACAUUUUCAUCCUCUCGCCAUAGAUGCUGUAUGUAAAAAUAGUGUAUUCAUUUUUUUUAAAGCUCUCAUAUGAGCAGUCAGGGACAUUCCUGUUAACAAAUUAAUGCAGCUACCUAAUAGGACCUUCAGGCAGGUCCAUUAUACCUGGAGUCUUGCCGUUGGCUCCAUUUCUGUAUGUGGGCUAAGCUGAUUCACCAACUAAAAGACUCAGUAUUACAGGACUAGCCAUAUAUAUGCCAUUAAUCACAGUUACAGGCUUAAAGGGUUUCACAACGCCCACUAUUAGAAACAGUACAUGAAAAUGACACCAUCCCAGAGGUUGGCAGGUCCUCAUGUCAACAUUUUUGGCCUGAAAUUCUGUACUGUAUGGUUUAUUUGGGCGUGGAGGCUGAGCUGGUGGAUCAGAUGGUUUGAGAUGUAGAGGCAGCAGCUCUGACGUGUUUAUCUAAAUGGAAUCCAGUUCUGUUGCAAUGGG